GUUGCCUCAUCGAUACAUGCCAUUGCUUUUUGUUCAUACUGGUUUCAUAAUCAUUAGUACCUCAAUUUAUACAUUACACUUAAAAAGCAUUCAUUCAUCAAUCACAGUCUUUAUUUAGUUUUGUUUUCUUUUUGUUUACUUUUAUAUUUUAUAGGGCGUUAUAGUGGAAAUGGAAACAGAGAAAUCAAAAGACGUAAGCAUUGACGUGAAAGGAAAUGAUUCUACCAAUUUUAAAAACCAUUUUAGGGAUCCACCAUGUAAAGUCGAAAAGGCCCGUCCGAUCCAACAAGACUGCAAAUCCAUCACGUACAGGUCGAGCAGUCAGCCCAAAGAACUCCACAUAGCCCUUGUGCGUGAAAAAAUCGACACUAUGGCCAAGAUGCUGGACUACGUCAGUAAGAAGUAUCCGAACAAGAGGUGUUUGGGUACCAGAGAGAUCUUGGCCGAGGAGGAUGAGGUCCAGCCGAACGGUAGGGUGUUCAAGAAGUACGAUAUGGGAGACUACCGUUGGAAAACCUUCUCUGAAGUCAACAUCUUAGCCACGAACUUCGGAAAAGGUUUGCGAGAACUAGGAAAUCCGCCAGGUCAGAACAUCGUUAUAUUUGCUGAAACCAGGGCAGAAUGGAUGAUAGCAGCACACGGAAUUUUCAAACAAAAUAUACCUCUGGUUACCAUCUACGCGACACUUGGAGAUGAGGCUAUAGCUCAUGGAAUCAAUGAAACUGAGGUUACAACUGUUAUAACAAGUUUCGAUCUACUUCCGAAAUUCAAGAAAAUUCUAGCACUUACACCAAUGGUGAAGACACUUAUCUAUAUGGAAGAUCAACUGAAAAAAUUGGAAAACACUGAUGGAUAUAAGGAGGGUAUAGAAAUAUUGAAAUUUGGUGAUGUUCUCAAGAAGGGAGCAGAGUCAAAAAUUGUGGCCCUACCUCCAAAAGGAGAUGACGUAGCCAUCAUCAUGUACACUAGUGGUUCCACUGGCGUCCCCAAAGGAGUAAUCCUGCUCCAGAAAAAUCUCAUCGCCACGCUCAAAGGAUUCUGCGACUCGACAAGUAUCUACGCCAAUGAUGUGAUGAUUGGCUUCCUCCCAUUGGCUCACGUGUUUGAGUUGCUGGUGGAGAGCGUGUGUUUAUUGGCCGGAGUACCCAUCGGAUACUCUGGGGCUCUUACGAUGAUCGAUUCGUCUAGCAAGAUCAAGAAGGGGUCCAAGGGCGAUGCGACCGUUUUGAGGCCGACUGUGUUGACGGCUGUACCCCUGAUUUUGGAUAGGAUUUCGAAAACAAUUCAAGAAAAAGUGAGCAAAAGCAGUGAUAUUAAGAAAAUCCUCUUCAAGUUCGCUUACGAUUACAAAACCUCGUGGACGAAACGAGGGUAUUCUACUCCAAUAAUUGAUAGGAUAAUAUUUGCUCCAGUAGCUAAAAUAAUGGGAGGCAACAUGAGGUUAAUGAUAUCUGGAGGUGCUCCGCUAUCCCCAGAAACGCAUGAACAGAUCAGCACUUGUUUGUGUGUCACAAUUAUCCAAGGCUACGGUCUGACAGAGUCUACUAGCUCUGCCUGUGUGCAGGAUGAAUACGACAUGGACUAUGGUCGCGUAGGUGCUCCAUGCACAAUAUGCGACAUCAAAGUGGUCAGUUGGGAAGAAGGCAACUACAGGGUGACAGAUAAACCAUACCCAAGAGGAGAGUGCAUAUUGGGUGGUGAUAACAUCAGCGCCGGAUACUACAAGUUGCCUGACAAAACGAACGAGGACUUCUACAAUGAAGAAGGCAAGCGGUGGUUUAAGACGGGUGAUAUCAUUGAGGUGCACCAUGAUGGUGUCAUCAAAAUCAUCGAUCGUAAGAAGGACCUGGUCAAACUACAAGCCGGCGAGUACGUUUCCCUUGGCAAAGUCGAAGCUCAACUGAAGACCUGCCCACUGGUAGAUAACAUCUGCGUGUAUGGCGAAUCUAGUAAAGAUUUUUGCGUGGCUCUCGUUGUGCCUAACCAACAUCAACUGAAAGAACUAGCAGAGAGGAGGGGCAUCGUGAACAAAGAGUUCGAGGAGCUGUGUCAAGAUCCUCAAUUGGAGAAGGCUGUGAUGCAGGAGAUUGCGGAGCACGGGAAGAAAGGUAAACUAGAGAAAUUCGAAAUUCCCGCGGCCGUGAAGCUGGUGAGCGAGGUCUGGUCGCCAGACAUGGGCCUGGUGACGGCCGCGUUCAAGCUGAAGAGGAAAGACAUCCAGGAGCGAUACAAGCACGAGAUCAAGCGCAUGUACGCCUCCUGAGAUCGACCUGCCAGGUCCUUCUUCACGUAAAGCGGGGCUCACGCUAAAAGAGAGAGAGACGGGGAACGCGAAAAGACUGGUUAGGAAAAGAAUGAAACACACACACAAGUAAAUGUAUAUGUAAUUGUAUAUUUAUACUGAUAUAUAAGUCGAGCGAGGACUUCUAAAGAACAAAUAAUAGUGAAACGCACUACUACCGUUAUGUUUUUAUUUUUCAUGGUUUAUUUUUAAGUCGGAGCGUUGUCGGAGGCCCAGGUCCUAUUACACCUCAUUAUAUAUAUAUUUCAUAAUCCUAGAGUUCAAAUACAAUUUAUAUAAAAGUUUUUUAACAGAGAAAGACGUUAAACUGAGUUUGUCUACCGCCCACUUUGUCGCUAAUGCGCUUAAUUUUAGUUCGAAUAAUUUUAUUCUAAAGACAGCGAAUCUAUCUUCAUAAAUAUAUAAGGCGACAGAGAUGUCUGCUUGUAUCUUUGCGGGCAUGGUAAAAAUGCAAUAAAACUGGGAAACCGCCAAUUAGGGACAAAUGGGUAUUUGAAUAAUAUCUUAGUUUUGAGAAGGUAUUACAUUUCACCUCAGAAAGAUUAUUUUUUAUCAUUGUCACAGUGGAUAUUGAAAAUGUCAACCAAUCUCGAUGGUCUGCAUAGUGUAUUGGUAUAAUAAUAAAAAGAUAUGAGAGAAGUGAACUUUGGCGCUUUGUGUAAAGUGUAUAGCAAAACAAGAAAAUCUUAAGUAUGCAUUAAUUAUGGUGUAAGCAGGAAAUAUAUUGUAUUUGGGAGAAUAAAGUAGACAACGAUUGAGUAUGUUUCCUUAACCCUGCAACUUGGUCACCCCUACCUUCAAGAGUAUCACAUGGCGAUCCUACCAUCGGGUUUGAGCAACAAAGGCUUUAUAUUCUUAUUAAAGCAUUUGUGAAAUAUUGUGCCUGUAUGGAGCUACAGAUUUACGAUCAUUGUAAGAGGGAUGGCAGUUCCUAAUUAAAAACCUUAUUCAGAGUACAAGCUUUGCCUUGAAAGACUCUGUUGAACAUUCAUCUCAAGAUGUCUCGAGCAGGGGACUUAGAUACGAAAAAAUAUAUCAGUAUAUCAUAUAUAUACAGUAUUCACAGUUAAUUGCCUUAACUUGUUAGGAGAAAGUGUCCUUGAAUUUCUUUGAGAUGGAGGCAAAGUUUUGCAUAGGUACACUCUUUUAGCUUAAACUCUAGCUUUCGAUGGUCUAUGCCAUCAUCAUCAGGAGUAAGUCGGCGAGAUUGUUGCUAAAAUUGUUCUUAAGCGACAGAGGAAGAAAACACAUAGUCAACGAACAAAAAGCUGGAUCGAUGAGGUUCAAUUAGGACGAAAUUUUUAAUUAUUAUUGGCAAAACCAUAGCUAUGUUUAUUUCAAAAAAACAUAUUGAAAAUUCGUUCAAAAUUUCAUCUUUUCUAGUACCUCUACAUCUUCUACCAGGAGUCGGUUAGCACGUGGUAGAAGAUGUAGAGGAACUAGAAAAAAUGAAUUUCGAAAGAAUUUUCAAUAGUUAAUAAAUCUUCAAUUUUUCUAAAUCGGUUAGUGGUUUUUUUGAAAAAAACAGUUGCCAAUGAUUAAUAAUUUAAAAUUUCGUCCUAAUUGAACAGUGAUUUUUGGGUAAUAUCAGUGGAAAUACUUUGCUCAUCCCAAAAUAGUGGAAUUUAUUUGUCAAGUGGUCAAAAUUUCUGGAUAUUUUAGGCUUUUCAUAAAAUACGAUAUUCACACACAAUAGAACUAGAAAUAUUGACGAACAACGUAUUUGACUCUAUCCUUCAUUUCCUGAUACCCUGAUUACAGUUCUGAGCGCAGGUCUGUACCUCUUAUUUGCUUAUCAUGGCUGUGCGGCUUGCAAGCGCGGACAAGUCCUUUGCGGUACCAUCUAAAUUAUAGCCCAGAUAAAGUAUAUUAAUUUAUGUCCAUAUGCAAACAGGUUAUUUACUUCCCUAAAUGUAUAAUUUGAAUAAUUUGUACAGAUAAACUAGUUUUUUAUCUUUAUUUUUACUGGUAUUAUGAAAUCACCAUGCUUAAAUCCUGUUGGUCUAGUUGAGCAGCAGAAAAAGUAUGAACAGACACAAUGUUGCGUCAUGUUUGCGUCUUAUUUGCAGUACAGCGCUGAAGGUACUGAACGGUUUUUGACAGACGGGUUAGACAUAGACAAUAUGUCUACCUAUUAUCACUUGGCAAGGGAGUAACAUGCUAGCGACAAUAAACUUUAUUACACAUUUCCUGUAUAAAACAGUCCCUUAGGAAACCCACACUAGUCCUGUGCACCAAUUCCGUCCAGGCACUAAAUGAUUUUCUGAAUAGUUGCUACACUUAGUAUUAUUAAAAAUAGAUUUUGCAGUGGUGUCCAUAUAGGUAGUUGUUGCUUGAGAUAUCAGUAAAAAUUAUGAGCAAAAAGCAUAUCAUCAAACUGAAAUUCAACGCUGGUCGUAGGCUGUACUAUUCAACGUCUUUCUCUAUUAAUAGUGUUACGAACUGAAUUUGAACCAUGGAUUUAUCGACAUAAAUGAAGUGCUGUGGAGACCAUGUCUAAAAUUUUCAGGCCGCAUAGCGUGAUACAGGCAUUAGCACAUUGUAUUUUGUAAAAUUAAUAUAACAAGCUAAAUUGUAGAGUAUAAAUAUCAGUUCCUUGAUUUUGAAAUUUUGCAGUUGUAUUUUCUGGGCAGCUUAUAUCCAGGUUCCAUCAAUGAAAGAUGGAUGCAAAUAAUAUGCUCACCUACAUUUUGAAUCCAACAAAUUAAGAUUUUAGUUGAAUUAAUUGUUUCCUAAAAUGCUGGGCUAGUAUUUCUUUUGAAUGCAACGUUGACUGGAGCCUGUAUUAACGUUAUUAAUGUUAUAGUUCCUCUGUGGUUCUCUAUUUUUUCAAAUCUCAACUAGCUUAAAAACUUUGUCGAGGGAAACAAGUAUACUUUGUUGUUUCAUAACACGUUAUAGUUUUUCCAAGUGACAGUGCAAUAUUUGCGUAUUAUUUCGUAUUGUAUCUUUUUUCUGUCUUGUAAACAUAGUUGUGUGGUCUACUAAAAAUUUUGUACUUUACGUUUAUAACAUUUUUGCACAAAUUUAAGCACAACUUAACGUGAUAUCGUGAUAACAGCACAAAAUACUCAAAGUGUCUUGUACUCUUCAAAUGUUGCAAUGAAAACUUGAAGUCCACCAGGAACUUAACAUUAUACCUCGCAUAUAUUUCAUAGAAAGUAAUUUGAAAAAUAGGAUAAUUUUUGUGAUAUUUGAAACAGUGAACAGUGGUAAUUACUAUGAAAUUUACUUCUGAUAUCUUAAGUAAGUUUUCAUUGAUCAACAUAAUAUCAUAUUAUAUCAAAUUACUUUCGACCAAAAUAACGGCGCUCAAUAUAUAUUGGCUGAUGAGCAAGAAUUGUAGUAAUUCUGUAUAAAGUGUUUGUUUUAAUGUCAUGUUUCAUAGUUCUUCCAAUAUUUGAGGUACAAUCUAUCAAUCUUUGUAAAUAGUCGUUUUACGUUUUUAUUAUAACAUUGUUAUGGAUAGAUCAAAACAGGCCAUUAUUCUUCAACAGUGCGUUAUUUUUGAUAUCUAGUUUGUUGGAGACUGCGAAUUUUGAAAGUUGCUGUCAAUUUUAUUAUUCAAGUGUUACGAAUAUAGAUGGUUUCCUGAGAAAGGUUAUUUGAGAGAUACCAGCGAAUAUUGAGAUCAUAUCACUCUGAGAUUUGCUGGUAAUUUUCAAACUUCCACUUUUCGAGUUAUCUGCUAUAUGUGGGGGUAUUUGUAACAAGUACUUAACACGAUAAAAUCUUCAAAACAAAAAAGCGUAUUUCCUAUAUGUGUGUAUUAGAUAUUCGUAUCCAGACGAAUGGUUAACUAUACAUAUUCCUGAGAUGAUAUAUUUAUUUUUGGGUGAUAUUAUAAUAAAAUAUUAUAAUGUUUAGCCCAGAGUAAUAAUAACAGCCAAGCCAAAAAAAAGGAGAUAAAUUACGUGUUUAAAUAUGAUAGCAGAAUUUACGUAGUCAUAACACUGGUGCUCUAAAUACAUCUGGUAUUUUCACAGGAUGCUGUUAACUAGAUGUAACCAAAAAUCUGUAUCGAUUUCAUAGUUUUUGUUAGAAAGUGUUUCACAAAUAUUGCGUUGCUUUGAGUGCUAUAAAAAAUUGGCCAUAACCGAGUGACAGCGGUUUAUAUCUACACCUUGAAGCAGUGUAAUGUAAAACGUGUUAGUUAAAGUGCAGGUACAACCACGUCCAAAGUCAUGGUCUUAGUAAAUCUUUUUAAUGACAUGAAUUAGUUUAGUUCUAAUUUUCAUAACAUGCGGUCUACCUGAAACAAUGUAUGAUGAACUAUCGUGUGAACACAUUUUUUCUUUUUUGUCCUUAUUUAAUCAAAACUACGAUAUACAGAAAAGGUUAUAUUUAGUUAAGCUAUCCUGAGUGGAUGUAGAUGUAUAGGGGUUAGAUGUAAUUCCACAUCACGUACUAGCUUAGGUUUAUUGUAUAUUUUUUCUUGGUUUAUGUAUUAUUAUUUAUAAGGAAACUUAUUUAUUGCAAAAUUGCAUUGAUUAUAAACCAUGAAAUUCCAUUUUGUUAUUACGCGCCGCAUUGCGAUGGUCUCAAAAAUAAUAUUUUCUAGUGAAAUUGUUGUAGUGUUUGAUAUUAUUUCCUUGAUUAAUACUUAUAUUUUUUAAUGCAACUUUUUUGUUGCAGUUGCCUAAUUUUUAAUAAUGUUGCGAGUGCGAGAGCGAGUGAUAUUGUGUAUAUGCUGUGUUGUGAAAUAAACGCCAAUAAUUUACAUUAUAAA